UCUUCGGAUUUGUACUUUUUGUGACUGCUGCUGCUGCUGAUUCCUUGGAUGUGUGCCUUAAGGAUCUGGGCUGCCUGCGGGGAACUCUUAUGCCAGGAUAUCAAAUUAAAGAGUUUGAGGCCUUCAUGGGCAUUCCCUUUGCCCAGCCACCAGUUGGUGCGCUUCGCCUGAAGAAUCCUGUGGCAGCUGUCGCCUGGGAGGGAGUACUUGAGGCAGGAACUGCCAGGGACGGCUGUUUGCAAAGGAGCUACUUUUCAGAGGACUGGGAUGUAAUGGGUGUGGAGGAUUGUCUCUACCUGAACGUCUACAGGCCAAAGGAAAGGGAUGGAGAUCCCCUGCCGGUGAUGGUUUACAUACACUCGGGUGGGUUCUUUAGCGGCACUGCUCAUCCCGUGGCCAGUGGACCUGAGUAUCUGAUGGACACGGGAAAGGUUAUCAUGGUAACUAUCAGCUAUCGCCUUGGUCCUUUCGGUUUUUUGAGCACUGGCGAUAACAACAUGCCGGGCAACUUCGGACUCAAGGAUCAGCGAAUGGCCCUGCAGUGGGUGCAGCAGCACAUAGAAGCCUUCGGCGGGGAUCCCCAGUCGGUAACUAUAUUUGGACACAGUGCCGGCGGGAUAUCCGCCCAUCUGCACAUGUUGAGUCCCAGUUCAAAGGGUCUCUUUCAUCGAGCCAUGUCCUUGACUGGCACCAUGUUCAUUCCGGCCAUGAGGAUCCUCAAGGAUCCCUUGGGUCAAGCCAGGCAGCUGGCCCAAGUGGUGGGCAUCGAUCAAGCGGAGAGUCUCGGCAGUCAGGAUCUAGCCCAAGCUCUUCGCGAUGCCUGUCCCAUGAAGCUGCUCAAGAGCGUGGACAGCUUGAAGAUCUGGGACAACCUGCCUCAGAUCAGCUGCUUGCCUGUCCUGGAGUCUGAAGGAUCUCCAGAUGCCUUCUUGAUAGAGGAUCCGCUAAAGGCUCACCUCGCGGGGCGCAUCAACCAGGUGCCCUGGUUGCUGGGAGUCAACUCCAGAGCCGGCGAGGGUUCACUGUUCCUGCUGCGGGCUUUCAAAGACCAGACGCGUCGGGAAGAGUUCAAUGAGAAAUUCCUGGAGCACAUGGCCUUGGUGCUCAAUCUGCCAGAGGGAACUCCUGCCGAGAUGGUCAAUGAUAUACUAGCGGCAUAUGACUUUCAGGGCGAGAUGAGUUUGAACAACGACACCAUGCUCGCUCUGGCGGAGAUCUCUGGUGACUUUAACUUCUACUACCCCUUCUACGAGACAAUUUCCUCUUAUGCGGGCUAUGCCAAUCUUGGGAAGAAUCCCUUGUCUCUGUAUAUCUUUGAGUUCCACGGCUUGCGUUCGGUGACGAAGCUUUUUAGUGGCACCUCUGAGGAUUGGGGUGUGGGAGCAGCUCACAUGGAUGACGGACUACACACCAUACGAAUACCCUUUCUCUUCGAGGAUUUCCCCAAAGACUCGGAGGAUGCUCAGGUAACCAAGAGGAUGACUUCGCUAAUGACGGACUUUGCUAAAACGGGGUUAUUCCAUAAGGAUUCCACCUGUCAAGGCCCAGAUUUUGGGGAUCAAAAGAUGUGCACCUAUUUGCACUUUUCCGACACCAAUGGAAAAUGCCAGGAAGACAUUAAGAAUACCCUGAAGCUCAACGCCUUUUCCAUUUGGCAGAAGUUAUUCCAGCUUUCAAUGAUGAUGAUUCAACCUGUGCUGCUGCUGCUGACGCUUCUUUUCGUUGGCCAUGAACUCCGCUCCGCUGUCAUGGCCCUGGCCACGCUGGACAAGCUCACCGUGUGCCCGCCAAGCGUGGGUUGUGUGAAGGGCAUCAACCUGAAGGGUUAUCAGUCGGAGCAGUUCGAGGCCUACAUGGGCAUACCCUACGCCCUGCCGCCCAUCGGAGAUCUGCGCUUCAGUAACCCCAAGGUUAUGCCCAAGCUGCUGGGCCUGUACAAUGCCACCACGCCCAAGAUGGACUGCAUCCAGAAGAACUAUUUGCUGCCCACUCCGGUUAUCUACGGAGAGGAGGAUUGCCUUUACCUGAAUGUCUACAGACCAGAGGUCAGAAAAUCCUUACUGCCUGUGAUGGUUUACAUCCAUGGCGGCGGUUUCUUUGGCGGUUCGGCAGGUCCUGGAGUCACGGGACCCGAGUACUUCAUGGACACGGGCGAGGUGAUCCUGGUGACCAUGGCCUACAGACUGGGGCCCUUCGGAUUUCUGUCCACCCAGGAUGCUGCCAUGCCGGGUAACUUCGGUUUGAAGGAUCAGAACCUAGCACUGCGCUGGGUCCAACGCAACAUUCGCUUCUUUGGUGGUGAUCCCCAUCAGGUCACCAUUUUUGGGCAGAGUGCCGGCGGCGUGGCCGCUCACAUGCACCUGCUAAGUCCCCGGUCCCGGGGACUCUUCCACCGUGUGAUCAGCAUGAGCGGCACCGCCAAUGUGCCCUUUGCCAUCGCUGAGGAACCGCUGGAGCAGACCCGUCUCCUGGCCGAAUUCGCUGAGGUGCCGGAUGCCCGAAGCCUAAGCACGGCCAAGUUAACCCGAGCCCUGCGCCGCGUCAAUGCCCGGCAACUCCUGGACGCCGGCGACGGACUUAAGUUCUGGGAUGUGGAUCACAUGACCAACUUCCGGCCGGUGGUGGAGCAAGGUGGGGCUGCUUCCUCCGAGGCUUUCAUCAGCGAACAUCCCAAGGAUAUCUUGGCUGAGGGAAGUCGUCCGUCGAUCCCUUUGCUCCUGGGCACCGUCCCAGGCGAGGGCGCAGUGCGCGUAGUGAACAUACAGGGUAACGAGACGCUGCGCCGGAGCUUUAACGAUCGCUUCGAUGAGCUUCUCCAGGAGCUAAUGGAGUUUCCGCCGGAGUUUAGCCAGGAGCUGCUUAACCAGAGCACAAAACUCCUCGUGGCGGAGUACUUCCGGGGGCAGCACGAGGUGAACGAGGAAACCGUGCAGGGAUUUAUGGAUCUCAUAUCGGACAGGGGUUUCAAGCAGCCUUUAUAUAAUACCAUUCGCCAGGAUGUCUGCCAUGAGACGCAUCCUGUCUACCUGUAUAGUUUCAACUACCGGGGUCCUCUAAGCUACGCCUCCGCUUACACAUCAGCGAAUGUUACGGGCAAAUACGGUGUUGUCCACUGCGAUGAUCUCCUGUACCUAUUUCGCAGCCCCUUGCUUUUCCCUGAUUUUGAACGCAACUCCACGGAAGCCAAGGUCAUACACACGUUUGUGGACUAUUUCGUACAGUUUGCCAAGACUGGCAAACCACGGAAUGCCGAGUCACUGACCCCGUGCACCACCGAGCUGUUGCAGUCACGUCCCAACGGAAUUUGCGAUUACCAGGAAUUCGCCAAUGCACCUGCCCCUUUCAAAGGCUUUAAGAUAAACGUGGCCAGCGAAUUCCAAACGGACAGAGUCAGGCUCUGGUCCAGUAUACUCAAUGAAUGGUAAGGAGUUACCUGAGGAUAAUGUAUGUUUUCAACAAAAAUGAAUACCACACAUAAUGUCGUAAGAAAAUAAACUGAAAGUUAAACAAACAUAA